AUGUUCCGCAGACCUUUGACCGCUGCGCCUCGCGCUGGCGUGCGACUGGCCUCGACCUCCUCCACAUCCGCAGCUCAGCGCCGCACUUUUGCGAAUCGAUCCGUGCUUGUGGCUGUUGCACUCGCCGGCGGUGCUGCCGCUACCUACACUCUCGCCAAGCCAAGCCUCCAUGCGGAUGCUCCCGAUACCGUGCCCGGCGACACGCGUCCGCAUCCCCUGUGGUCGCCACCCACACGUGCUCAGAUGCUCGAGGCGCUCAGACAAUCCUCUGCAAAGAGCCUCCGACCCAACGCUUCCAAGGGCAAGUCGGACAACUCGAGUCUCUUGCCCCUCGCCAAGGACGCUAACUCCAGCAGUCCCAGCCCUGCUGCUUCGGAGCAGUCGGGCGGUGCCCCCGCUUCCCGCAGCGGAGACGAAGAUGGCGAGGGCUUCGACAUUCUCGUCGUCGGUGGUGGUGCGACCGGUGCUGGUGUCGCCGUCGAUGCAGCCACUCGUGGCCUGAGCGUUGCCAUGGUCGAGCGCGACGACUUUGGUGCCGGAACUUCUUCUAAAUCAACCAAGCUCGUCCACGGCGGUGUCCGAUACCUCCAAAAGGCCGUCUUUGAGCUCGACUACGAACAGUACAAGAUGGUCCGUGAGGCGCUCCACGAGCGCAAGACGUUCCUCAAGAUUGCCCCUUACCUCUCCGACCACCUGCCCAUCAUGCUUCCCGUCUACAAGUACUGGCAGAUCCCUUACUACUGGGCUGGAACCAAGAUGUACGACAUCCUCGCCGGCUCGGAGAACAUGGAGAGCUCCUACGUGCUCGGCAAGGGCAAGGCGCUCGAGGCGUUCCCCAUGCUCAAGUCGGCGGGCCUCGCCGGUGCCGUCGUCUACUACGAUGGUCAGCACAACGACACCCGCAUGAAUGUCGCUCUUGCCAUGACGGCCGUCCAUCACGGAGCCGUUGUUGCCAACCACACCGAAGUGGUGGCCAUCCACAAGAAGCCUGUUGCUGGCAAGGCCGAUCAGAUCUGCGGUGCUCGCGUGCGCGACGUGCUCACCGGUGACGAGUGGGACGUCAAGUGCAAGUGCCUGAUCAACGCCACUGGUCCCUUCUCGGACACGUUGCGAAAGCUCGACGCUCCCACCGCUCAGGAGAUCGUGGCGGCCUCGUCUGGUGUUCACAUCACGCUCCCCGGCUACUUUUCGCCGCGCGACAUGGGUCUGAUUGACCCGCAGACCUCGGAUGGCCGAGUCAUCUUCUUCCUGCCGUGGCAAGGAAACACGAUCGCCGGUACCACCGAUACUGCUGCACCCGUCGAGGCGCAUCCUCGUCCCAAGGAGGAGGAGAUCCAGUGGAUCCUGGAUGAAGUGCGCAACUACCUUAGCCCGGACAUCAAGGUGCGAAGAGGAGAUGUGCUCAGUGCGUGGUCCGGUCUGCGACCGUUGGUCAAGGAUCCCGCUGCCACCGACACGCAGUCGCUGGUGCGCAACCACAUGAUCAACGUCUCCGAGUCGGGAUUGCUGACCAUCGCCGGUGGCAAGUGGACCACGUACCGCGAGAUGGCCGAGCAGACGGUCGACCGUGCGAUCGAAGACUUCAAGCUCAAGCCUCAGCGCGGCUGUGUCACCAAAAACACUCGCUUGCUCGGAAGCCACGGAUGGACCAAGACCAUGUACGUCAAGCUGCUGCAGCGCUUCGGUCUGGAGACGGACGUUGCGCGUCACCUGUCCAACACGUACGGUGACCGAGCGUGGAGCGUGUGCUCGAUCGCCGAGCCAACAGGUCAGCGAUGGCCGGUGCACGGCAAGCGUAUCGAUCAGCUCUACCCGUACAUUGAGGCUGAGAUCCGGUACGCAUGCCGCAGCGAGUACGCUGCUACCGCCCAGGACUUUAUCGCGCGUCGAACACGACUGUCGUUCCUCAAUGCCGAGGCGACGGUGGAUGCGUUGCCGCGCGUGAUCGAUGUGAUGGGCGAGGAGCUGGGCUGGGACGAGAAGCGAAAGAAGCAGGAGUGGGCCGACGGAGUCGGGUUCAUGGCGUCGAUGGGACUACAGCCAGCUCGUGUGGAGCAGCUCAAGGAGACCUCGCUCGACCAGAUGCGCAAGAAGCGCGAGUCUCAGCAGAAGGCGCUCAAGGUGUCUUCGCUGGGAGCUGCAUCGUUGGAUGACAAGGAUGCGCUCGCCAUCAGUGCGCGUGCGUCGUUCAGCUCGGAAGAGAUGGAGGAACUGCGUGGCAAGUUCAAGCUGCUCGACGUGAACCGCGACGGCAAGCUGGACUCGAAGGAUCUCAAGGAGGUGCUGCAGCGCAUCGGAUACUCGGACGUCGACGACUCGACGCUGCGCGGUAUUGUGAGCGAAGUCGACUUUACCAAGACGGGUGCACUGCACUUUGAGGACUUCCUCGACGUCUUUGCGGCGCUCAAGGAUGCUCGUUUGGAAAACGCGUUCACGCACAUCUUGAGCGAGAUGGACUCUCAGGGUCUGCAACCUGCUUCUCACGAUCCUGUGGGACCUGCUGCUAAGGAGAAGAGCCAGCGAAGGGACGCUAGCCGCACCAUCCCGGUCGAGAAGAGCGGUGGUGGCUGGUAA